CAUGCUGCCGCGUUGCAUUGUGGGGGUCUAAGGAACAGUCAGGGCCCGCCGUGACGCGGCAGAAACGAUCGGAUUUGUGUUGCCGGUGAAUAGAGGAAGCUGUGCCGGAAAAUGGUGGGGGUGAAGGUGAUCGGGGCAGACGCCGAAUUCCAACCGGAGCUCAGCUCGGCCGGCUCUAGGCUCAGUGUGGUCAAAUUCACCAUGAGAGGGUGCGCCCCCUGUAUCAGGAUAGCGCCGGUGUUCACUUCGCUGAGCAAUAAGUAUCCACAAGCCGUCUUUCUGGAAGUAGACGUACAUCAGUGCCAAGCUACAGCUGCAGCCAAUAAUAUUUCAGCGACGCCCACAUUUUUAUUCUUUCGAAAUAAAGUGAAAAUCGACCAGUACCAAGGUGCAGACGCAGCCGGCCUAGAAGACAAGAUAAAACAGCACUUAGAAAACGAUCCGGGGAACAAUGAGGAUGCAGAUAUUCCCAAAGGCUAUAUGGAUUUAAUGCCAUUUAUAAAUAAAGCCGGGUGUGAAUGUCUUAAUGAAAGCGAUGACCACGGGUUCGAGAACUGUUUACGGAAAGACCCAACAUACCUUGAAUCGGACUGUGAUGAACAGCUCCUGAUCACUGUCGCUUUCAACCAGCCAGUCAAGUUGUACUCCAUGAAGCUCCAGGGUCCUGAUAAUGGUCAAGGCCCAAAGUAUGUAAAAAUCUUCAUUAACCUCCCCCGCUCCAUGGAUUUCGAUGAAGCGAUGAGGAGUGAACCAACCCAAGCUCUUGAAUUGACGCCGGAUGAUAUUAAGGAGGAUGGCAUCGUACAGCUCCGCUAUGUUAAAUUUCAGAAUGUAAACAGUGUAACGCUAUUUGUCCAGUCCAAUCAGGGUGACGAGGAGGCGACAAGAAUCUCAUACUUCACUUUUAUCGGGACCCCCGUACAGGCGACAAAUAUGAACGACUUCAAGAGAGUUGUAGGCAAGAAAGGAGAGAGCCACUGAGCCGAUGUCAGACACCUGUGAAGUUACUCUUACAAGUUUUGGGUCAUCACAACAAGAGCAUUUUCCGAGAAAAAAAAAAGUUAAUGUUCCAUUCAGAAAAAAAAUCCCAAUAAACCAUUUGCUUUUUGUUAAGCUGAGUUUCAUAACCGUGAUUUUAUUGGAAUCUGGCUCUGACCUUUGUAAAUAAAUAGGACUACUUUUGCCAAAUCA